CUUGCUGCCAUCAUGACUAGCGUUAUUAUAACCCUGACUCUUAUAUUCAUUUGGUCACCAGUUUGCAAUGGACAAUGUCGUGGAAAUAAAAGCGCGGAUGGAGUCAAGAGCAGUAUUGAGGAUUCUUUAAGAUAUUGCAUAGCCGAGUGUCUCGAUUUGACAGAGGAUGAAGCAGAAGAAAAAUGUGCAUUUAAUACUAUUACUGGGAGAAUAAAGGGUUGUGAUUCCGUACGUCCCAGAAAAGAAAGCAAAUUUAAAAUUAUUUGCCACUUUGAUUACGAUAUGGACAUUUCAACAUUGGUAAUCGAAAAUGGGCAGCCCCUUUGUGAUAUUUUGAUUUUAUCAGUGGCCGUGUUCAACAAAGAUACCAACCUACUUGAAAUGAAAUCUGAAAUAUGGUCAAAAGUGAUAUCAGCGCUGAAAGUUGCAAAAAAAGUGGGUAUGAAAGUGACCCUGAGAGUUGGCUCCUGGGAUGAGUCUAUCAUGCACCCCAAAGAAUUCACCAGGUUGGCCAAAAACGAGCAACUCACGGCGAUAUUCGUGAAAGGAGUCACCGAGUUCGUCAGAAAAUACGAUUUCGACGGAAUCACCAUAGCAUGGCUGUGGCCCGGGUGUCCGCAGUCCGCUUGCGCACAAAAUGUUGAUAGGAAGACUGUUACCAGCUUCAUACGUGCCUUGGCAACCCCUUUAAAAGUAAAUGGUAAAAUCAUUCUUUACCACAUGUAUGGCGUAUUUUCGAGCACAAUAAUGGCUGCGGGGGAUUAUUUUAGCGAUAUUGUUGACGAAAUAGACUACUUCUACUUUGAAGACCACUUUCAAAGUGGAGACUGGAUGCCAAAAACAGAUUUUUCCUUUAAUUUAAAGGAAACAAGAGAUUUAAUGGGUGAGCUCACGACUAAAAUUAAGAGGGCCAAAGAUUUCAAAAGAAAAGUGGUGAUUUCUGUGGAGCCAGCCUACCCCAGUUAUGAACUACGAGGUCAGCAAGUGUUAAAAAUUGGAACCGUAUUUGUACCAUACUCCAAAAUGAAUAAGAGACUCAACAUGCCCGAAUGGUGCGAGUUGGCCAAAGACCCAACGUACCAGUUAGUCAAGAACGCUGAAACUCAAAAUUACGCCAUCAAGUCGGACAAUAUAUUUAUCUUUGAUGACCAAGAGUCGCUGACAGCCAAAGUAAAUUUUGUGAUGGAAUUCGGAGCUGGUGUGGGUUUGCAUAGUUUGGUAACUGAUGACGUGAAUGGAGCGUGCGGCUGCGGCAAAAUACCUUAUUUAAAACUGAUAUUCAACACACUCAAGAUGGAUUGCGAGCCGAUUCCAUGCUUCUAAAAUUAAAUCAGCUCUUUAUUCUCUGUACCAACAAAAAGAAUUGAUUGAAAAAUAAUAUCUAUAAAAAUUACACAACAAAUACGCAAAAUAACACAACUUGCCGAAAAUUAAUUAAACAAAUUUUUUCGUUUGUUAGCUGUCAAUUACUGCAAUCGUUUUUAGUAAGAAUGCACAGAACGAAUGAAAAAUCACAUACUUCGCAGUUGGGACGUUUCAAUCAUAGAGAACGACAACGGGUUCCCAUUUUUAUACUGUCAGUGCGUGGCCGUGUUCAACAAAGAGACCAACUAGAUAUGAUGACAGGUCGAUAAAAUAAAUUGUGUACUGUCGUAAAAUUUUUACUAAAAAGGAAAAUAAAGAGUAAUUUAUAAGAAAUCCCUUGAUCGUAGAAAGGCUUUAAUUUUUAUUCAAAUAUCUCAAUCCGGGA